GUGGUUUAAUUCGAAAGGGCCCAGUCGGCCGCAGCGGGCCUCUUUGAGCCCUGUCGAAAAACAACCUGGACAUAAUGCGGCGCCACCUAGCUUAGCAGGCUAGCUAGCCACUCGGACGAACGGUGUUGGGCGCAUCUGUUCGAAGAAACAUCGAAUUGCUGCAUUUAGACACGUUUGUUCAUCGCCUUCCCCGGUGAAGCCGUGAUUCUUGUAUCGCCGUGGGCGAUGAAUGCCGUAUUAUGUGGUUUUAAAGCAACGAACAACUGAACACGCCUAGCCGUUAUUGCUAAAACAAAAUGGCGCUGGGCGGGUCGGUUGUAGCUUGUGGCUAGUUAGCCAACCGGUGGAUGGAAGGCGGUAGCCAGCCUUAAGAAAAACGUUGCGGAACUUUGGCAGUGUAUUACGCGUGGCCGAUCAAUUGUAAUAUUUACAGACAUUAAUAGACAUGUGGCUUCACAGUUAAAUGAAUAGCAACGGAAAGUAUGCCCAUUGAAUGCACAUCGGGUAACGCGUACUUUUUGUAUUGAGCAGUGACGUGACGACAGUGCAUUUCCUCCCACUGUUAACAUGCAAGACUCCCACAGUUGCAAGACUUGCGGGGUUGUCCUGCCCACUUUGGAGGACAGCUCGCUUCUCCCAACUGAGAGCUCGCCAUCAGGCUCAACUAGCUCCAGAGGGAUCAAUCGCGUCAGUGGGAAGAAUGAUGACUAAUAAGCUGUUUUUAUUUUAAGGCUCUGAUCAUCAAAUGUGAAGUUUUCAGCUAUUUUUUGAUCUCCUGGGGUGAAACAUGGAUCAAGGAGGUGGUGUGUUGGAGUUACACACACAGGAGCUGAAGAUGCCCCAUGCUAUGAUCAUGCAAGACUUUGUUGCAGGGAUGGGUGGCUUGGCACACAUUGACGGAGAUCACAUCGUGGUCUCUGUGCCUGAGGGCAUGCUCCUCUCUGACGUGAUGACGGACGAGGGCAUCCUCCUGGAGCACGAGCUUGAGGUGGAGGGCCUGGAAACUCACGUCGUCGAAGGCCUGGAAACCGAAGUAGUCGAAAGUUUACACGCAGAUGUCGAGGGACUGGAGGCGGAGGUGGUUGAAGGGCUACAGACACAAGUGGUAGAGCUGGAGGCUCAGGUUGUGGAAGGCCUAGAAGGAGAAGUCGAGGUGGAGGGUCUGGAAACCGAAGUGGACGUGGAGGACCUGGAAGCUCAUGUUGUUGAGGGCCUUGAGGAGGAAGUGGAAGUGGAGGGCUUGGAAGCAGAGGUUGUUGAGGGUCUGGAAGUGGAUGUAGAAAGCCUGCAGUCUCAGGAUGUAGAUGGCCAUGAAAUAGGUGCGGAGGACAUGGUGCAUUCAGAACACAGUGUGAUCAUGCCAGAAAACAUCCUGGGAACAGAGGUUGCAAUAGAGGAAGCUUUGGAGCACCACCACGUGCUAACCUCGGACCUUAUCCAGGAUGCCAACCACCAUGACGACAUGUCGGACCAGGUGUUUGUAGCAGAGCUUCUUUCGGACCAGGAUAACACUCUCGACCACCAACUUGUCGCAGAGGGCUUGAUGGUGACAGAGGCUAAUGCGGAGACCAUCAUCCACCAACAACUUCCCUCCGAGGCUGUUCCUUUGCAGAUGGAUGAGGAUGACGAUGGGAGAAGCAGCUCUGAAGAUUACCUCAUGAUCUCUUUGGACGAGGUUGGGGAGAAGUUGGACAUAGGAGACACUCCUCUAGAGAUUAGCACUGAGGUGAUGGAAGACAAGGAGUGCAAGGAGGAGGAUAGCGGAGAUGUCAUCAAAGUCUACAUUUUCAAAGCUGAGGCAGAUGAUGAUUUGGGUGGGACAGAGGUGAUCACUGAGGAUGAUUACCAAAAUGGCCACCCUGACCGCGAAGCUGCAUCAUCAGGAAGACUUGGAGUUGGGCGUGACAAGAUGGUCUACAUGGCAGUCAAGAAGCAGCCCAAAAUAGAAGAGGACGAUGAAGAAGACAGUGACGAUGACAUCAGUAAUACUAUAAAUCAGGUUAAAAACGGCUCAGCGACACCGUUUCUACAAAUCCGAGAAGGUUUGGCCACAAACCGUGUCCUCAAACCUAAAGCCAAGAAAAAGAAGAAAGGGGACAUUCGGCAAUGUCAAACUGCUGUCAUUAUUGGGCCUGAUGGCAUGCCCCUGACAGUCUACCCGUGCCACAUAUGUGGAAAGAAGUUCCGCUCACGAGGCUUCCUCAAAUGCCAUAUGAAAAACCACCCGGACCACCUCUUAAAGAAGAAGUACCAGUGUACAGACUGCGACUUCACCACGAACAAGAAGAUCAGCUUCCACAACCAUUUGGAGAGUCACAAGCUGCUGAGCCACAACAGCGAGCGCUCCCCAGAAUACACAGAGUACGCAAGGCGCUACCAUGAGUCCAGUCCCCUUGGUUCUGACAAACUCAUCGUCAAGGACCGCGAGCCCAAGCUGCAUCACUGCAAGUAUUGCGACUACGAGACCGCAGAGCAAGGCCUGCUCAAUCGUCACCUGCUGGCCGUGCACAGUAAAAACUUUGCACACGUGUGCGUCGAGUGCGCCAAAGGCUUUCGCCACCCGUCCGAGCUGAAGAAGCACAUGCGGACCCACACGGGUGAGAAGCCCUAUCACUGUCCGCACUGCGAGUUCCGCUGCGCGGAUCAGUCCAACUUAAAGACUCACAUCAAAAGCAAGCACGGCGCAGAUCUGCCUUUCAAGUGCAGCCAUUGCCCACAAGCGUAUGCCGACGCGCGGGAACUCCAGCGUCACAUAGAGAUUGUGCAAGGCCACAAGACGCAUCAGUGUCCACACUGUGAGCACAAGAGCACCAACUCCAGUGACCUGAAAAGACACAUCAUCUCAGUGCACACCAAGGACUUUCCUCACCAGUGUGACGUGUGCGAGAAAGGCUUUCACAGGCCCUCGGAGUUGAAGAAGCACACCGAGACACACAAGGGCAGCAAGCUGCACCAGUGCCGGCACUGUAACUUCAACGCUCCCGACACGUUCACCCUGAGUCGCCAUAUUCUGUCCCUGCACACCAAGGAACUUCCAUUUAAGUGCAAGCGCUGCCGGCGAGGUUUCCGACAACCGGCGGAGCUGAAGAAACACAUGAAGACGCACAGCGGUAGGAAGGUUUAUCAGUGCCAGUAUUGUGAGUACAACAGUACGGACGCUUCUGGCUUCAAGCGCCACGUCAUCUCCAUUCACACCAAGGACUACCCCCACCGCUGCGACUACUGCACCAAGGGCUUCAGGAGGCCUUCGGAGAAGAGCCAGCACAUAGCCAGACACCACAAAGACAUGCUUAUGUAACGUCAUCACACUUGCGCUCAAUUCACCCCCCCCCCUCCCCCCAGUAAAUCUGUGUGCACACACAUGGAGGUAAUUUUAGUGUAUUAAAAAUUAAAUGGUGUAGGCUGUUGAAGGCAACAUUAUAUUUGCUGUUCUGUAUUGUAAUGGGUGUAAAACUCCUCCCGAUGCCUGAACACAUUUUAGAUGGGAGGGAAAUCUUAAAAAACAAAAAAACAUGACACCGCGCACUGAGUGGGACAAGCAUAACUUGUGUUGGGUUUUUUGUUGCUGAAAAUCAUGUAAGAGCAUAUUCAGGGUUUCAAAUGUCUAUAUUUUUAUACCCACUGAGCUGAAAUGCUGCAGGAGAAUUACUUUGUCCUGGAAAAUGGAAAAUGUCGGUUCAUGAGGAUCAUGUUAGUUUUCUUCCAUACUACCAGUUAGUAUCUUAAUUAACCAGUUUUUAGCUUGAUUUUUUUUUUUUUUUUUUUUUUCCUCCCACUGCCAUGUGUUGCACCGUUCUCAAGCUCCAUGAAGGCUUUUUAGUGAUGUUGACACGACGCACCUUAGCACAUAAUUUUAUCACCACCUUUUGAAUUUCCCUCAAAUUGAUAAUCGGUGAUAUGACCACAAUCUGCUAAAAAUGUAUCAAACCAGGGUUUUGAGACUGAUCAGAUCAGUCUAACAAAUAUGACCUAGUUGGUGCUACAUUGAGACGUUUUUUUUAAGAAAUGGUUAAGUGGUUGGAUUUGUUUUGGCCAACCGCUUGGUGGUCACAUGCGACAAAGUUACAUCAUGCAUGCCGUUACUUCUGACAGAGAUGUGCUCACCUAACAGUACAGUCGCAAUCAUGCCUUACAUCUGCUGGUCUUUCUCCCUUAAGCACUGAUUAACACAGCAAAUCUUACACUUUCCCCCCCCUCCCCCUUAAACAUACUGUAUCAAUAUCAUUCUCUCGGAGAUUGUGUUUGAGUCAGUAGAAGGCACUUUAAUAACUUGUAUUUUUUUGUAUUUUAACUACAUGUACGGGGUUUAUAUAUGUAUAUGGAUGUAUAUACAUAAAAGAUAAACCCAGGAUAAAAAAAGAUUACACAGCUUUGUGAGUGGGUAAAUGUUAUCUAUAGCAAGUGGGCACAAUACAGUUGUGGAAAGUGAUGAGUUCAACCAUUUAUUGUUCUGGUCCAUGGCAAAGUGUUUGGGUUUUGUGUUUGGUUUGUGCUCACAAGUUCCCUGACCCUCAUCCUGCAGUCCUAUACGUAAACCUAGCCCAAAUCCCACAUUUGGGAUUAUACUCUUGUCGGUGGUCAUCAUAUUGGCAUUAGUCUAUAAAGUAUGCACAUAUGCUGUCUCCAUAAAAUUGUGGAAUAUAUUAAAAUCCCUGCAUUUCAUAUAUCUUAGUCUAUAUUUCCUUUCCACCUGAUUGUUGAUCAAUUACUGGUGGGGGAAGAAACCUUUUUUUCCCCCUGAUAUGACGGCUCAAUCGGUCAGAAGUUUUGCAUUAGCAUAUGCGCAUGGGCAAAAAAAAAUUCACUCCCUCUGUUAAUGAAAUGAGAACCCACAGUGACCACAGAAACAACUUUAAUCUCACAAAUGUACCCAACAAAGAAAAAAAAGGACAUUGACCAAUGAAAAACAGGUUGAGUUAUUUAGAAAAAGAAAAAAAAACUCAUGAAACAGGUCUGGACAAAAGUGAUGGUACCUCCUAGAAAAAAAAACUGAAAAUCAUUUGACCAUAGCGACUCAUUGAAACAAGGUGACACUCUCAAUAUAGCAUCACGUGUCUUGAAUAAAAGUUGUAAUCAGUCAACUGGCCUAUUAAAAGGUGAAGCAACUCGGGCCGUUCGCUUCGAGCUAUGGUUCAGAAUCAUUUUGUGGCCCUGCGGUGCAUUUUUUUACUGUUGUGAAUGACUCUGACAAAACAAUGUUUGACAAAGUAAUUUCUUUGGAAGUGCUUAUUUUGAAAUAAGUCAAUUUUUCAGUGAUUUAUUCAAGAGCAAGAUUAUGUAAACUGGGGUGCAGUAAUUUUUCCUCUUUAGUGAGGUAUUAAUGUACCUUACUUGCAAUGCAAUAAAUAGCCUCCCUUUGAAAAAUUAAGAAAUGUUGGAAAAUGCAGUUUUUGAUAAACCUCAGUGAUGGUUAUUUAUGCAGCAGGCGCGGUCCUGCUUGUGGUUCAAGCUGAGGCGACAACCACAGCCCAAGUAGCGAGUGGAGUGCAGCAACCACUGGGCUGGCUGAAUGGCCAGAAGGCUGACGUAGGCGCUCGGAAUCUGUUCAAGUAUACCCACAAUGUACUGUAAACUCCAGUCGCCCAUACAAACUACACAAUCUUUAUCCCAACUGAGCUGAAUAUUACU